AUGGAGCCCAUCCAGCAGUACUCCGAGGGCAACCCCGGAUCUCCUUCUACGGUGAUCCCACCCAAUCCCCCUCCUCGUCGUGCAAAGCAAAAAGCCUCCUCAACCCGAGCUACUCACACGAAGAAGGCUGCUCCUGCCAAAGGCAGCCCAGCAAUGGAACGUGUUUCUGCAAGCCCCGUUACUCCUGCGAAGAGGAGCCCCAAGAGAAAAGCUGGAGAAGUUUACGGUCCUGAAGACGGCUCUCCAACUCCAAAAUCAUCUGGGGCUUCUCCUGCCAAGCGAGCUCGCCCGGCUCCUGUCAUCGUCAAAUACCAUGGCACAGAGAAGCGUGCCCGUCCCUGGCGUGACUCGCCACCUGAUUCCCAUCUUGAUCGAGUAGAUCGGAUCGAGCGAUCCCGCAUGUUUAUCGUGGGACAGACAGUCUGCGAAACUGAGGACGAUGUUCCCGAGUUUUACUUUGAUGUUGUCGGGUCCACCGGCAAUGUCUACAAGGCCAAGAUCGGGAAGCUGCCCUCUUGCGACUGCCCAGAUGCCCUGUUCCGUUGUCGCGGCGAGUGUAAACAUAUUAUCUAUGUCCUUCUCAAAGCCCUCAACGCUCGUCCUGAGCUUCGAUACCAGAUUUCCUUUGUUCCAUCGGAGCUGCGAGAAAUGUACGAAGGCUCCCUGAUGAGCAUGUUUGAGAGGAAUGGCGCCGAGGCUCACGAUCACGAUGGCAAACGCAAGCCUCUCGAGGGUGCCUGUCCCAUCUGCUUCAUGGAUUUCGAGGCCAAGGACAAGACUGUGUGGUGCCAGACUGGCUGUGGGAACAAUGUUCAUGAAGUGUGCUUCAAACAGUGGGCUAGCACAUCGCUCAAAAGUCAAGGCUCCAUUCGCUGUGUUUACUGCCGCGCCAACUGGUCAACUCCCGGGUACAAAUCCAACGUCGAGAAUCUUCGAAAGAACGGCACCAUCGGACGAGAGGGCUACGUCAACGUCGCAGAGCAGUUUGGCCUCUCGCCUAAACGCGGUACGGACUUUUCUCUGUACUUUUCCCUUUAUGAUCCUGCUGAGAAGGGGAGUUGA